GGUGUGUUGUUUGGGGGCUUCUGCCUCGGCGCCGCGGGUGCCACCUCCCGGGACGCUGCCCAGGCGUCCCAGGUCGCGAUCAAACAAAUAAUAGAAGUCUGUUGAAGCUUUGUCCUGACCUAUUCUGGAAGUAGAAGAAUACCCUGGAGAAAGAAGCAUUGUAAGCACAAAGAGUAAGACUCCUCAAUCCUGGGAGAGAGAAUUAAAGUCUAACCCUCCAAAUGGCUAUUCUAAUGUGAUGCUGGGAUUGAGUUUACCUAGGACUCCAUAUCAAGGUUGACUCAAAAGUCUUAUAGAAGAUCUGGAAGAAAUAAGUAUUAAGUCAUGAUGCAGGAAUCUGCGACAGAGACAAUAAGCAACAGUUCAAUGAAUCAAAAUGGAAUGAGCACUCUAAGCAGCCAAUUAGAUGCUGGCAGCAGAGAUGGAAGAUCAAGUGGGGACACCAGCUCUGAAGUAAGCACAGUAGAACUGCUGCAUCUGCAACAACAGCAGGCUCUCCAAGCAGCUAGACAACUUCUCUUACAGCAGCAAACAAGUGGAUUGAAAUCUCCUAAGAGCAGUGAUAAACAGAGACCACUGCAGGUGCCUGUGUCGGUGGCCAUGAUGACUCCCCAGGUGAUCACCCCUCAGCAAAUGCAGCAGAUUCUUCAGCAGCAAGUCUUGUCUCCUCAGCAGCUCCAAGCCCUCCUCCAGCAGCAGCAGGCGGUCAUGCUGCAGCAGCAACAACUACAAGAGUUUUACAAGAAACAGCAAGAGCAGUUACAUCUUCAGCUUUUGCAGCAGCAGCAACAGCAGCAGCAGCAGCAGCAGCAGCAACAGCAGCAGCAGCAGCAGCAGCAACAGCAGCAGCAGCAGCAGCCGCCCCCGCCACCGCCUCAUCCUGGCAAGCAGGCGAAAGAGCAGCAGCAGCAGCAGCAGCAGCAGCAGUUGGCAGCCCAGCAGCUUGUCUUCCAGCAGCAGCUUCUCCAGAUGCAACAACUCCAGCAGCAGCAGCACCUGCUCAGCCUUCAGCGUCAGGGCCUCAUCUCCAUCCCACCUGGCCAGGCGGCACUUCCUGUCCAGUCGCUGCCUCAAGCUGGCUUAAGUCCUGCUGAGAUUCAGCAGUUAUGGAAAGAAGUGACUGGAGUUCACAGUAUGGAAGACAAUGGCAUUAAACAUGGAGGGCUAGACCUCACUACUAACAAUUCCUCCUCGACUACCUCCUCCACCACUUCCAAAGCGUCACCACCAAUAACCCAUCAUUCCAUAGUGAAUGGACAGUCUUCAGUUCUAAGUGCAAGGCGGGACAGCUCGUCACACGAGGAGACUGGGGCUUCUCACACUCUGUACGGCCAUGGAGUUUGCAAAUGGCCAGGCUGUGAAAGCAUUUGUGAAGAUUUUGGACAGUUUUUAAAGCACCUUAACAAUGAACAUGCUCUGGACGACCGAAGCACUGCCCAGUGUCGAGUGCAAAUGCAGGUGGUCCAACAGUUAGAAAUACAGCUUUCUAAAGAACGCGAACGUCUUCAAGCAAUGAUGACCCACUUGCACAUGCGACCCUCAGAGCCCAAACCAUCUCCCAAACCUCUAAAUCUGGUGUCUAGUGUCACCAUGUCGAAGAACAUGUUGGAGACAUCCCCACAGAGCUUACCUCAAACCCCUACCACACCAACGGCCCCAGUCACCCCGAUUACCCAGGGACCCUCAGUAAUCACCCCAGCCAGUGUGCCCAAUGUGGGAGCCAUACGAAGGCGACAUUCAGACAAAUACAACAUUCCCAUGUCAUCAGAGAUUGCCCCAAACUACGAAUUUUAUAAAAAUGCAGAUGUCAGACCUCCAUUUACUUAUGCAACUCUCAUAAGGCAGGCUAUCAUGGAGUCAUCUGACAGGCAGUUAACACUUAAUGAAAUUUACAGCUGGUUUACACGGACAUUUGCUUACUUCAGGCGUAAUGCAGCAACUUGGAAGAAUGCAGUACGUCAUAAUCUUAGCCUGCACAAGUGUUUUGUUCGAGUAGAAAAUGUUAAAGGAGCAGUAUGGACUGUGGAUGAAGUAGAAUACCAGAAGCGAAGGUCACAAAAGAUAACAGGAAGCCCAACCUUAGUAAAAAAUAUACCUACCAGUUUAGGCUACGGAGCAGCUCUUAAUGCCAGUUUGCAGGCUGCCUUGGCAGAGAGCAGUUUGCCUUUGCUUAGUAACCCGGGACUGAUCAAUAACGCAUCCAGUGGCCUGCUGCAGGCCGUCCAUGAAGACCUCAAUGGCUCCCUGGAUCACAUCGACAGCAAUGGGAACAGCAGUCCAGGCUGUUCACCGCAGCCGCACAUACAUUCAAUCCAUGUCAAGGAAGAGCCAGUGAUUGCGGAGGAUGAAGACUGCCCAAUGUCCUUAGUGACAACAGCUAAUCACAGUCCAGAAUUAGAAGAUGACAGAGAGAUUGAAGAAGAGCCUUUAUCUGAAGAUCUGGAAUGAGAACUGACUUGUGAAACCUCAGCGUGAAGGGACAUAUCACUGACCUUCAUAACCACUCCACAACCAUGAAUAUUUGACAAAUUUUUACUGUGACUAUUUAUUAAGCAUGGAUAAAGGAGACAGCCCUAAAGGAACUUAUUAAGCCAGCCCUUUGGGAUUCAGUACCAACAGGCAAAUUGCUUGUUUUCUUCCCUUCCUCUCUCUCUC